AGCGAGAGAGACGCAGUGUGGGCGGGAUAAGAGGGAGGAGAUUUCACACCGUGUCUUUUUUCUGUCACGGCAUCCACCAAAAACGAGGGCAUUGGUGUCUUGGUUUCUUAUCUUCGAAUUACGGUUUGGCUCCUUUUCGCAGUCCAGCUCAUUUCGGGAGGCACCGGAGGCCCCAGCGCUCCACCCGUUGCGUUCAGGCGGGCAUCAGGCUGUCAUAGGUGUGAGUGUGACGGAUGCUUGGAGGAGACUGAGCAGGGUACCAUCUCACACACCUCACGAUGGCCAGAAUGAGUUUCCUCUCCUUUCUCCUCUUUUGCUUGACUUCGGUUGCCCAUGGCAACAAAGCCAAUAAACACAAGCCAUGGAUCGAGACGGAGUAUCAAGGCAUCGUCAUGGAAAACGACAACACUGUCCUUCUCAACCCACCUCUGUUCGCCCUGGAUAAAGACGCACCGCUGCACUAUGCAGGGGAGAUCUGUGGGUUUAGGGUUCACAAUGGACCAGGUGGUUCUGGUUCGGCACAGUUUGAGGCAGUGGUGCUGGAUCGCUCCACUGGGGAAGGUCUGGUUCGAUCCAAAGAGCCUCUGGACUGUGAAAGCCAGAAGGAGCACAGCUUUACCAUCCAGGCGUACGAUUGCGGUGAAGGUCCUGACGGCACCAACAGCAAGAAAUCCCACAAGGCCACCGUGCAUGUUCGUGUCAAUGACGUGAAUGAGUUUUCUCCUGUGUUUGUGGAGCGUCGGUACGAAGCGUCGGUGCCCGAGGGUCGUCUGUUUGAUCGUAUCGUGCGAGUGGAAGCUGUAGAUGCCGACUGCUCUCCUCAGUACAGCCAGAUCUGCUUUUAUGACAUCAUCACACCCAACGUCCCAUUCACCAUUGAUAAUGACGGGAACAUAAAGAACACAGAGCCACUGGACUCCAAACGGCAGCGUGUGCACAGUUUCUGGGUCACAGCAUUCGACUGUGGGAAGAAUCGAGCUCAGGCUGAUGCUCAGGUCAUAGUCACCGUCAAACCUUCCUGCAAACCAGGCUGGAUCGGAUGGACGAAGCGCAUUGAGUACACUCCUGGCUCUGGCAGCAUCCCUCUGUUCCCGAACCUGCACCUGGAGACCUGUGAGGAAACAGUCUGGAACAUCCAGGCCACUGUUGAGCUUCAGACCAGUCACAUCGGGAAGGGCUGUGACAGAGACAGCUACUCCGACCGCUCUGUGCGCAGACUCUGUGGUGCAGUGAGAGGUGAAGUGGACCUCCUGCCACCACCAUCUCCUGCGACCAACUGGACGGCUGCGCUGCCGACUCUUCCCUCCUCCGACUCUUCACUGGUGUUUUCCUUCAACGGCUCCACUCAUGUUGCUGUAGUGCCUGAUUCAGUGGCUUCAGCAGUGUCUGGUGAUCACUUCACCUUGCAGCUGUGGAUGAGAAGAGGAGGAGCCAGCACUCAGCCACCGGCCAAUCAGGCGAGAGGAACUCGCAAAGAGGAGGAGACUAUUGUCUGCAGCACUGUGAAGAAUGACGACUCGUACUCUCACUACUCUCUAUCUGUUCAUGGCUGUCGUCUGUCUCUCUUCUACUGGCCGGAUGUGUCCGCCGCCAGACCCGUCAAAUUCCUGUGGAAACUGGAGCAGGUGUGUGACAGCGAGUGGCAUCAUCUGUCUCUGAGUGUCCAGUUCCCCUCCGUCACCCUCUAUGUGGAUGGUGUAACGUUUGACCCCGCUCUCAUCCACGACAACGGAGCCAUUCCCAACCCCGCACCACACCAGCGACUGGUCAUCGGAGCCUGUUGGGAGCCAGAGGAGAAACCGAAAGACAUUGUGAACAACACCAUGCCAGAGGUUAAAGACACAGGGAAGUUUGUCAGUGGAUAUAAAGGGCUUUUGUCAGGCGUGACGGUGCGUCCAGGAAAUGUGGAGCCACACAGUGUUGUGGAGUGUCUGUAUGCCUGUCGAGAGGGGCUGGAUUUUGGAGAUCUUGAGACAUUGGGCUCAGGCAUGAAGGUGCAUGUGAACCCGAGUCAGUCAGUGCUGGUGUUAGAGGGAGACGACAUUGAAAGCUUCAACCGUGCCGUUCAGCAGGUGACUUACAGAAACUCUCUACGAUUCGCCACUCCUGGUGUCCGUCCACUCAAACUCACCACCUCUCUCAGGUGUUUCAGUGAGGAGAGCUGUCUCUCUCUCAGACAGCUGGAGGGUUACCUGGUCGUUCUCCAGCCUGAUGCUCCUCAGAUCUCCCUCUCCGGGGUGGGACCCCAUCUGGCCCGUCCAGCCGCUGAGUUUGAGGGUCCUCAAGGGGUUCCCUUGUUUCCUGAGCUCCGCAUCGUCUGCUCCUUGUCUCACGCUGUGAACACAGCUGCUCAGGGCAUGGAGGGAGGGGCGCUGAUGUCAGAUGCUGUCGCUCACACUCUGGAUGGGUGUGAAGUCCAACCCUUGGGGGAGGAGCUAAACACAGAGAGGGAGGAGCUUCUGGUUGACAUGGAGUCUUUGAGAGAGAGGGGGCUCGACAUCAUUAAUACAACGGCCUACAUUGCCAUUACUGGUGCGGAGUCUAUCUCUGUGUAUGAGGAUGUGCUACGCUCUAUUCACUAUCGCUUAGCAAAGGGUUCAGCUCGUUUUGAACGAAGAUUUCGUCUGUCGUGCUCAGAAAUGAAUGGCCGCUACACCAGUAAUGAGCUCACGCUGGAGGUGAACUUCCUGCACUCUCUGGACAGUCUCUACCAUCCGUCUCACCUGCUGGCAUCUCAGCAGCAGUUCCUCCAUCCAUCUCAUCACACUGGAGAACUGAGCGGACACACACUUCCCAACCCCCACCGCAACUCAGUUGUUCCUGGAGCGGCCACUGUCAUCAUCAUGGUGUGUGUGGGUUUCCUGGUUGUCAUGGUGAUUCUUGGAGUUUUCCGCAUUCGCUCCAUCCACCGUCGUGGUGAAGGAGCAAGAGGCGGAGGCAAAGACGGUGGCAACCAAUGGGAUGAUUCGGCCCUCACCAUCAUUGUGAACCCAAUGGAGACGUAUGAGAACCGUAUGGGCGUCGCAACAGAUAUGGAAGGAGAGUGUGAGGAUGAGGAAGAAGUCGUGGAUUCACCCGAUGACACCAGUGAUGACCAGCGAAUCAUCAUCAAGAAAGAGGGAAGAGACUCCGCCCCCAGGUGUUACUGAGCCAAUUGAUCACACCCGCAUACUAAACACCUCCCACUCAUUUAAAUACAGGAAUAUACACACACACACAGACGCACCAUCAAAGAAAAUGAAAGUGUCUAACACAACUGAGACACGAUUAUAGGAUCUCAGCCUCAGUGAAUGCAACGCUUCUCUCUGGAAUGUACGCUCCCACAAUGCACAGCGCAUUCCCUCUUUGCCGGUCUCAACCCAGAUGUAUUUAUUAAUGGCACACUUAUAUGUUCGUUCAUUAUACAGGCUUUCCAGCUGACGUGCUCACUAGAGCGUUUUAAACACAAUGAAAACACUAAUUGUUAACGCUAAAUGUUGUCAACGAAUUAACACUGAAAUAUAUCUAAAGACCCCGAU